AUGGCGACGAGCGGGGACAGAGGGAAAUGGGCGGCGGCGUCCCCGAGGGUCUGCAUAAACGAGGUCCUUACGGACGACGAGCUGAGGGCGGUGCUGUGGAAGCUUCAGACGGAGGAAGAGAGAGACGGAUUCGGGCUCGUAUGCAAGCGCUGGUUGCAGCUGCAGAGCUCGGAGCGCCGGCGGCUGCGCGCCAGGGCGGGGCCGGCCAUGCUGCGGAGGAUGGCGGAAAGGUUCUCGGGCGUCGUCGAGAUGGACCUCUCGCAAUCCACUUCUCGGUCUUUCUACCCUGGCCUCACCGAUUCCGACCUCUCCGUCGUCGCCGCGAGAUUCUGGCGCCUGGUAUCUCUUGACCUGAAGAAUUGCAAAGGUGGGGAUUCCGUCAUCUGUUCCCCUCUUUCUGCUAUCACCUUGCACAAGCUCAAUCUCUGCCCUGUGCCUCGUGUGAUGUUCUUAUAAGUUAUUUGAUCUUUCUUUUCCUCCCUCCCCUGCGGAGACCCCUCCCUGUCUGGUUCGUUCCGGGUAAUUUCGGCUUUCCGAUGGCUCGUGUCUGAUGAUAUGCAUCUGGUCAAACUCUUUUUUCUUUCGUGUUUCAUUCAUAUGCUUUUCUUGAUGUUUAUGUAUGAUCUGUUUAUAUCUCAGUGCUGGUUCCUGUUUCUUCCACCAGCCGCAGAAUUUCCUUCCAAAUUGAACAGCAUAUGGGGAUAACGCCUGCCAUGAAAUUUCUAUUUAUAUAUACUCUGCGUGAUCAUCAUCAUCUUUGGAUACAUCGGACCUGACCGAGGGAUCGAGUGCCGCCUUCUUUUGCAGGAAUCAGUGACGCUGGGAUCAUAGCCCUUGGAAAUGGCCUCCCGUCGCUCCAGGUUCUGGAUGUCUCCGGCUGCAGAAAACUCACGGACACGGGAUUAAUCGUCGUAUCUCAGUCAUGCUCCAAGCUGAGGGGCCUUCAUCUUUCCGGCUGCAAGCUCGUGACAGACGGAUUGCUUCAGGCCCUCUCGAGGAAUUGCCCUCAGCUCGAAGAUCUCGGGCUCUCGGGCUGCCACAACAUAACGGACAGUGGGCUAUCGACUCUGGUCAACGGCUGCCGGCGCCUCAGGUUCCUCGACUUGAGCAAAUGCAGCAAGGUUGGGGACGAGGGGGUCUCCCAAAUCGCGAGUUCGUCUUCCUCCUCCCUGAAAACCCUAAAGCUUCUGGACUGCCUCAAUGUCAGCGAUCUGUCCAUCUACGCCUUGGCGAAUUCCUGCGAGAACCUGGAGACGAUCGUCCUCGGGGGUUGCCGGAACGUCUCGGAGGAAUCCGUGAAGGCGCUCAUGGCGGCCUGUUCUUCCUCGAUCAAGAACCUUAGGGUUGACUGGUGCUUGGACGUCGGGGAUUCCUCAGUGCGGUGCGUACUCUCUAGGUGCAGGAACCUCGCGGCGCUCGACAUCAGCUGCUGCGACAAGGUGACGGACGCCGCCUUCCACGAGCUCGGCGCCGCCGAAUUUGAAUCUGGGCUGAAGGUUUUCAAGGCCAGCAGUUGCCCCAGGAUCACCGUCGCCGGCCUGGGGAUGCUGCUGGAGUUCUGCAAGUUUCUGGAGUACGUUGACGUGAGCUCGUGCCCGCACAUAACCAAGGCCGGCUGCGAGCAGGCCGGGUUGACUUUUUCAGCAGGCUGUAAGAUGAACUUCUCCGGUAGAUUGCCGGGACCUGAUGCCAUCGUGGACGUGUUCUUCUGA